AUGACGGCCCCAGAGAAGGAUGACGAGGCCACGCUGGCAGAGCAAAGUGUCGACAUCUCAGCCAAAUCAGCUGCGGACGAGUGGGCUCAUCAUCCUGACAACCCACUGGGAUGGAGCAGAGCGAAGAAGUGGCGCAACGUCAUCAUCGUGUCCGGCACGGGAUUCGUCAGCACGGCAGCCUCCACGACGCUCACGCCAGCCGUGCCUGAGCUCAUGGCACAAUUCGACACGCAAAAUCGACAGCUCAUCAUCUUGACGACGUCACUCUACGUUUUGGGACUGGGCGCAGGACCUUUCCUGUUUGCGCCAAUCGCAGAGGCACGAGGUCGACGGCCGGCCUACGUUUCCUCGAUGGUCUGCUUCACUUUUAUCGCGCUCGGCUCGUCAUUCACGCAGAGCAUAGGCAGCCUCAUCGCGCUUCGCUUCUUGAGCGGCGUAUUCAGCUCAGUCGGUCCAGGUCUGGGCGCGGCGUCUGUGAGCGACUGCUUCGCCAAGGAGGAGCGAGGCAGGCCUAUCAGUCUCUAUGCACUCGGACCGUUGCUGGGUCCGACGCUCUGGUCGAUGCUGAGCUUCUGGAUCAUAAGAGCCGGCUGGCGGUGGUCAUUGCGGAUCGUCUGCUUCAUGGGCGCCGCUAACCUUGGGAUGAUCGUCAUUGGUCUCAAUGAGUCCUAUGCACCUGUCUUGCAGCGUCGGCUCAGCUUGCGCGACGAUGUCCAGCCGAGCGAGACUUGGUCGCAGAAGCUUACACCCUCACACAAGACCAGGACGCUCAUCAAGCGGACUUUCUCGCGGCCUCCCAGGCUGCUCCUGACCAAUCCUGUCGCUGCAUUCUUGGCCACUUUCUAUGCCUACUUGUACGGGAUCAUCUAUCUCGUCUUGGUCUCAUUCCCAACGCUGUAUGGCCCUGCCGAUUCAAGUACAGGCGACCUUCCGCAUUACAGCUGGCCACGCCGGACAACACUCGGAUUGGCCUAUUCUGGCUUAUUGCUCGGCUUCCUCACCUCGGCAACGAUAGCCAGCGUGUACCAAGACCGGAUCUAUAAGCGCUUGAGUGCACGCACGGGCGGCAAGGGUCAGCCAGAGUACCGCCUCAUCCUCACCCAGAUUGGCGUCAUACUCCUGCCUAUCGGCCUGCUCAUAUUUGGAUGGAGCGCAGAGGCUAACACUCAUUGGAUUGUGCCUCAGAUCGGAUCCUUUCUGUUUGCGCUCGGCCUCAUGCUUGCUUUCAACUCGAUCCAGAAUUACAUCGUUGACGCAUUUGUGCCCUAUUCGGCUGCAGCUAUGGCCGGCGCGACGGCAGCCAGAUCCGUGACCGGCGCCAUUCUACCCAUCUUUGCCGAAGACAUGUUCAAGCGGCUCGGCUGGGGGCUUGCUGGCACUCUGCUUGCUGCUAUUGCCGCCAUCGCUAUUCCCGUUCCGUUGCUGCUGCUCAGAUAUGGCCAAAGCCUCAGGGAACGUUUCGCAUUCGUAGAUUGA